CCCUGUUGCCGCAUUGCUUGACGGCAAUGUGUAUGUUGAAGUUUCAGCAUGGCAUCCUCACUGAUUUGCAGAGAGACUCAAAGCAGAGUGAGUUCCGUGUUAAACAGAGAUGUGAAGCAGUUUGGGAAGAAGUUCAUGUUUGACUGCAAUGAAGAGACGUGUUGGAACUCAGACCAGGGUGAAUAUCAAUGGGUGUCUCUUGAGUUCCCUCAGUCCGUCAAAGUGUCAGAGCUCAAAAUCCAGUUCCAGGGUGGCUUCUCUGCAAAAACUUGCAAACUAGAAGGUUGCCCGAAAAAUGGUGACUUUACAGCGAUAAGCCAUUUUUAUCCAGAGGACGACAACUCUCUUCAGAGCUUUCCCAUACAGGAGGCCCCUGCAGUGGACAAAGUUAAAAUAAUGUUUGAGAAUAGUGCCGACUUUUUUGGGAGAAUUAUUGUUUACUCCUUGGACGUCCUGGGGGAAAAAGCUUCGUGACCAAUGUUUCUUAUCCUCUCAUGAGAGAGGAAAUGACCCCUGAGUAAAGUACAGGAUGGAGUGGUGGCACAUCUGUACAGGCACCUCAUGAACUGAUGGGAAUGUGGCCUUUUUUGGUAUUGACUCUUUAAGGAAUCUGUCAAGACAUCUCACUACAGAUAACAUAAACAUGAGAAUCUUGAUAUGGAGCCCGAUGCUGUAAAAAAUGCAACUGCAUAUAUUUCCUCACAUUCUCUGUAAGGGAUGUAACAAUACCUCACAAUACAAUUUCAAGUUGAUACUUAUAAAAAAGGUUUAGUCACUGUCAUCAAAAAUAUGCAAUACUGUAAUCAGAAAUAUGCUGUUUUUUCAAUAAUCUACUCAAUUAAAGUAUUACUUGUAUUAGGACUGGGCGAUUAUAGCAAAGAUCAAAAUCACUAUUAAUUUGGCUUUUUACCUCAAUUACGAUUAAUGAACGAUUAUUCCACCCCGAACCUCCAACUCUGUUUGGUCUGUAAAUAUUUGUAUAAUUUUAAAACAAAUAAGUGAGAGGAACCUGCAGAGAUUAAAAAUUUGUGGUUAUUUAUUGAGACAACUGAAAUCAAAAUACACAGCUGAAACAAAACUACCUGGCUGCCUAUCAAGUGACUACACAGCUAGUAGUUUGUUUUUAAGGGGGUGGUGCAUUAGUAGAGAGAGAUGUUACAAGGGAAAAAAUUGAAAUAAUUGACAUGGCAGAUUUUUGUUGGUUAUAGGCUCUAAAUGUCGUUUUUUUUAUUAUUUUUGAUUAAUUGCCCAGCUCUAACUUGCAUUUAUAGAAAGAAAUUCUACAGAGUAUUUUGCAAUUCUGUCAGAUAAUUGAAAAAAAAAAAGAAUAUUCUUUAAAAU